AUGGAGCUGUGGCCCUGGUGCUGCGCGGUGGCUGCGGCCCUGCUCCUGGUGCUGCUGGGAGCCCAGGGCCAGGACAACACACCUAACCCCAGGUGUGACUGUGCCCAAGACUCCCAGAAGAGGUAUGGUCUGCUCUGUUGCAAGGGCUGCCCAGCAGGGUACUACCUGAAGGCCCCUUGCACAAAGCCAUGUGGGGCUGCCAUCUGCCUUCCGUGUCCCCAGGGCACCUUUCUGACCAGGGAGAACCACUAUGAGACUCGCUGUGCCCGCUGCCAGACCUGUGAUGAGCAGGCCUUUCAGGUCGCCCUGGAGAACUGUUCAGCAGUGUCGAACACCCGGUGUGGCUGUGAGCAGGGCUGGUUCAAGGAGUGCUCUGUCCUGCGCUGUAGUGCUGCCUCUCCCUUCCACUGCCUUCCGUGCUUAGACUGCGGGGCUCUGCAUCGCCACACUCAUGUGCCCUGUUCAGGCAGAGACACGGAUUGCGGGGCGUGCCUGCCUGGCUUCUACAAACACGGUGAUGGCUGCUCAACCUGUCCCACGAGCACUCUUGGGAGCUGUCCUGAGCCCUGUGUUGCUAUCUGUGGCUGGAGACAGAUGUUUUGGGUCCAGGUGCUCCUGGCAAGCUUGGUGGUCCCACUCCUGCUUGGCGCCAUGCUGACCUAUUUGUACCGGCGCUACCAGCUUCAUAAGCCCAUGAUUCUUGCAGAUGAAGCUGGGAUGGAUCCCCUGAACCCUUUGCAGGCCACUUACCCCUCAUCCUUGGAUGGCACCCAUAACCUCCUAACCCCACUCAGCAACACUGAGAAGGUUUGCACUGUCCAGUUGGUUAGCAACAGCUGGACUUCUGACUCCCCUCAGAGCCAGGAGACACUCUGCCCAGAGGUGCCAUGGUCCUGGGACCAACUGCCCAGCAGAACCCUUGGCCAGCCUCUGGUGCCUGCGCUUCCGCCAGCGCCCCCUGCAGGUUCAGCAGUUGCCAUGCUCCAGCCAGGCCCACAACUUUAUGAUGUGAUGGAUGCUGUGCCUGCUCGGCGCUGGAAGGAGUUCGUGCGUACUCUGGGACUUCGCGAAGCGGAGAUUGAGGCCGUGGAGGUGGAGGUGGGCCGCUUCCGUGAUCAGCAAUACGAGAUGCUCAAGCGCUGGCGCCAGCAGCAGCCCGCGGGCUUGGGCGCCGUUUACGCGGCCCUGGAGCGCAUGGGGCUGGAUGGCUGCGCAGAGGAUCUGCGCAGCCGCCUGCAGCGUGGCCCAUGA